AUGUCUCCCUUCAACCUCGAGACGUGCGCCCGGCCAAACAUCCUCAGACUGCAGCCCUACCGCUGCGCAAGAGACGACUACAAGGAUGACGGGCACAACAUCCUGCUCGACGCCAACGAGAACGCCUACGGCCCGCCCAUCUCGCAGCAGGCCUCGGCGGCCCUGCAGGACGGCAACGCGGCCAGGCUGGACCUCCUAGGCCUGCACCGCUACCCGGACCCGCACCAGCACGCCCUCAAGCAGCAGCUGUGCGAGCUGCGCGGCACCGGCGCCCACACGGCCCAGCGCCUCACCCCGGACAACCUCUUCGUCGGCGUCGGCUCCGACGAGGCCAUCGACGCCCUGCUGCGCUGCUUCUGCGUGCCCGGCCGCGACCCUGGUCUGCCCGCCCACCUACGGCAUUUCCAGCUGGACGUGCCUGCCAUCCUGGCCGCGCUUGACGACGCCGAAGCAAAUCACGUCAAGCUGAUCUACCUGUGCUCCCCCGGAAAUCCGACCGGCUCGCUGCUGGCCAAGGAGGACGUCCGGCGCGUGCUGGAGCACCCCACCUGGAACGGCAUCGUGGUGCUGGACGAGGCCUACGUCGACUUCGCGGGCAGCGAGAAGGGCGAGGCCUCGCUUGCCGAGUGGGUGAACGAGUGGCCCAACCUGGUCGUCAUGCAGACGCUGUCCAAGGCCUUCGGCAUGGCCGGCAUCAGGCUGGGCGCCGCCUUCUGCGCGCCGCCCGUCGCGCGCAUGCUCAACAGCCUCAAGGCGCCCUACAACGUCUCCUCGCCCACCAGCGCCCUGGCGUCGUACGCGCUGUCCGCCGAGGGGCUGGCCGCCAUGCGCGAGAACAGGUCGAGGCUCGUCGCGCAGAGGGACAGGCUCAUCGCCGAGCUGCCCAAGAUCCCCGGCGUCGGGAGGCUGCGCGGCGGCACCGAGAGCAACUUCCUGCUGUACGAGAUGGUGAACGCCAACGGCGAGCCGGACAACAAGACGGCACUCGCGGUCUACGAGGGCCUGGCCGAGACCAAGGGGGUCGUGGUGAGGUUCAGGGGCAAGGAGCACGGCUGCCUCGGGUGCCUGAGGAUCACGGUUGGCACCGAGGUCGAGGUCACGCGGUUCUUGGAGUCCAUCAGGAAGACUCUGGCUGAGGUGAGGGGGACGGAGACACCCAGCGACGAGGAGAGGAGAGAGAAGGAGGCAAGCGGCGUUGUUGCAUAG